CCUAAAUCAACAGCCCAAUCUCUAUCAAAAUCUCCCUUUUGGCCGUUUUCCCCCCCUCGCAAGUCCCAUAUUCAAGAUGCGUUUGUCAAUUUACACCCUUGCCGUUUUGGCAAUCUUUACAGCCACAGCCGCUGCUGGACCAAUUCAACGGGAUAACCAUCCUCAUCCCCACCCACACCCGCAUCCACACCCACAUCCUCAUCCUCACCCAAGUGCAAGCUCAUCGUCAUCGGUCGUUUCAUCUUCAAGCGCAGCCGUUGUAGCACCAACUGGCGCUUUGGCAAAACGUGGUGAACAUCCUCACCCUCACCCUCACCCACACCCACAUCCUCACCCUCAUCCUCACCCAAGUGCAAGCUCAUCGUCUUCCGUCGUUUCAUCUUCAAGCGAAGCCGUUGUAGCACCAACUGGCGCUUUGGCAAAACGUGAACAUCCUCACCCUCACCCACACCCGCACCCACACCCACACCCACACCCACAUCCUCACCCAAGUGCAAGCUCGUCGUCUUCCGUCGUUUCAUCUUCAAGCGAAGCCGUCGUUGCACCAACUGGCGCUUUGGCAAAACGUGAACAUCCUCACCCUCACCCUCACCCCGAAGCCGUCGUUGCACCAACUGGCGCUUUGGCAAAACGUGAACAUCCUCACCCUCACCCUCACCCUCACCCACACCCACACCCACAUCCUCACCCUCACCCAAGUGCAAGCUCAUCUUCAUCUGUGGUGUCAUCCUCAAGUGCAGCAGCAGCAAUUGAAACUGAUCUCAAAUAGAUCGAUCGAUAGGGCGAUGUGCGAAUAGGCGAGGUCGUUUCCUCGGGUACUUCCUCCUCCUCUUUCUCUCGGAAUUCACGGACAAUCAGGAUCUUUAUCAUCAUCAUCAUCAUCAUCAAUGUAUCUUUCGCCUUCAUCUUGCUUAUUUUUUUGUGUCUGUGUUUAUCG